GGGACUGGCAACUCCCCGACGGCUCCUCACUGCCGGCCUGAGCCCCGCUCCUGCAGGCGUAGGGGCCGCGACUGCCCCGGAGUGAGCGCGCAGGUGGACUCCAGACGCCCGAAGGAACCUCAGGAUCCUGGAGCGCCGUACGGGCGAGUCGAGGCGAGAUCAAUAGCAGCUCCGGCACCACCACGCCUUCUGCCGCCAAGACCCCGCCUGCGGGCCGGGCAGCACUCCACUGCGGCCCGGUGGGCGGCGCGGUGGCGGCGGCCGAUGGUGCCGAAACACAGUAGCGGGCGGAGAGGGCGCACGGCCGGGCACCGCCAGGGCCACCGGCCCGGAGACCCAACUCCAGACCGGACCAAAAUAAGUUGUGCUGGCGGCGGAGAGCCGACUGAGGGGCCACCGGCGCGCCAUGCCUGCCGUCAAGAAGGAGCUCUCAGGCCGCGAAGAUCUGGCCCUGGCCCUCGCCACCUUCCACCCGACCCUGGCCACACUGCCGCUGCCGCCGCUGCCCAACUACCUGGCGCCACUGCCCGCCGCCGCAGCCCUGCCCCCGGCCGCCUCGCUGCCCUCCUCAGCCUCGGGCUACCAGACCCUGCUGGCUCCGACGCUCCGCCCCCCGCGCUCGUACCUCAGCCUGCACGACUCGGCGCCGCACCUCCACUUGCCCCGAGGUCCGCUGGCGCUCGAGCGCUUCGCCGCCGCCGCCGCCGCCCCGGACUUCCAGCCGCUGCUGGACAACGGCGAGCCGUGCAUCGAGGUGGAGUGCGGCGCCAACCGCGCGCUGCUCUACGUGCGCAAACUCUGCCAGGGCAGCAAGGGCCCGUCCAUCCGCCACCGCGGCGAGUGGCUCACGCCCAACGAGUUCCAGUUCGUCAGCGGCCGCGAGACGGCCAAGGACUGGAAGCGCAGCAUCCGCCACAAAGGGAAAAGUCUGAAGACGCUUAUGUCCAAAGGGAUCCUGCAGGUGCACCCCCCGAUCUGCGACUGUCCAGGCUGUCGAAUAUCCUCGCCAGUGAACCGAGGACGGCUGGCAGACAAAAGGACAGUUACCCUGCCUGUAGCAAGUACCCUAAAGAAGGAGCGGACCCUCAGCUUCUCUACCAGUGAUGGUGACAGUGACAGAAGUAGUCCAGCUAACGGAAGGCAGCCAGGCUUGAAGCAGGAGGAUGACUCACACAUCCAUAUCAUGAAGAGAAGAGUCCACACCCAUUGGGAUGUGAACAUCUCCUUCCGAGAGACAUCCUGCAGUCAGGACAGCAGUCUUCCCACCCUCAUAUCCAGUGUACAUCGAAGCCGUCACCUCGUUAUGCCUGAGCAUCCCAGCCGCUGUGACUUCCAGAGAGGCAGUGUGGAGAUUGGCCUGGGACCCACAGGUGACCUGUUGGGAAAGAGGCUGGGUUGCUCCCCUCUUAUCACCAGUGACUGUUCUUCAGAGAAGAAGGCCCGAAGUGAGUCCCCCCAAGAGACUCUACUCCUCCCUGACCCGGAGCCCAGCAUGGCCCCUGAGGACCACUACCGCCGACUCGUGUCAGCCCUGAGUGAGACUAGUCCCUUUGAGGAUCCUCAACGCCUCUACCACCUGGGUCUCCCCAGUCAUGAUCUCCUGAGGGUCCGGCAGGAGGUGGCAGCUGCAGCUUUGAGGAACCCAAGUACCCUGGAAGUCCACUUGCCCCCAUCCAUAGGCCAGCGCCGGAAGCAGGUCCUGUCUCAGCACCGAGAGGGAACGACUGCCUCUGCCGCCCCGUCGUUCUCCGAGAGGGAGCUGUCGCAGCCGCCCCCCUUGCUGUCACCGCAGAAUGCCCCCCACCUCGCCCUGGGCCCCCACCUCAGGCCUCCCUUCCUGGGAGUGCCCUCGGCUCUGUGUCAGACGCCAGGCUACGGCUUCCUGCCUCCCGCCCAAGCAGAGAUGCUCGCCCGGCAGCAGGAACUCUUGCGGAAGCAAAGCCUGGCUCGGCUGGAGGUGUCGGCGGAGCUGCUCCGGCAGAAGGAACUGGAUAGUGCGCAUCGACCGCAGCUGCUGGCGCCCGAGACGACCCUGCACGCCCCCGACGGCGCCGAGGAACUGCAACGGCACCGGGCCAUGUUGGUGUUGAAACACAGUUCGGCGCCACUGCUGGCUCUGCCUCCCCGGGGCCCCCCGGGCCCAGGCCCUCCCACCCCACCCCGUGAGCCUACACACUGCACAUCCCAGAAAGGGGCCCCCGACCCAGCCUCAGCUCGGCCGAGGGAAUCCAAGGAGACCUCGAGGGCAGGGGGCUGGGCUCAAGAUGGCUCUGAGGAGGAGCACUCCAAGGACUCCGACGGAGAGGACCAAGAGAUGGCAGUUGCUGCAGCGGUGGGACCCAAUCCUGGUCAAACCCCAGGGGGAAGUACCAACACGGAGGGGAAAGGGCUUCUCCCUGGGCCCACUUUGCCUCUGGGCUUUUCUUAUGGAGCCAGCCCCUAUUAUACAGGUGCUAUGGCAGGGCUUUUCACUGAUGGGGAGGCUACAGCCCCUGAGGAUAUCAGCAAGUGGAACGUGGAGGAUGUCUGCAACUUUGUGGGGGGUCUACCUGGCUGUGGAGAAUAUGCUCGGGUGUUCAGAGAACAAGGGAUUGAUGGAGAGACCUUGCCUCUGCUGACAGAAGAGCACCUACUGACCACCAUGGGGCUAAAGCUGGGGCCUGCCCUCAAGAUCCGGGCCCAAGUGGCCAAACGCCUGGGUAGAAUCUUCUACAUGGCUAGUUUUCCCGUAGCCCUGCCACUCCAGCCAAGCCUCCAGGGCCCUGAGCAGCUCAGCCCAGGACAGCAACCCCUGUCCCCAGCAACAACCACUUCUCCCUAUGGGGGGGCCCACCCUCAUGCAGGUCGUGCCUCCCCUAAACAGGAGAAUGGUACUGGAACGAUGGCUCUGCUCCCAGGGACCUCAGACCCCUCCCAGUCUCUUUGCUGAGCUGGCAGGUGUCCCCAUACUCUGGCACCCAUGUGACAGCCACAACACCCAGGGCUUUUUUUUUUUCCAUUUUGGCUCUGGACAAGGGGAUGGAAGGGAGAAACACCCAAGAAUCUUAAAACACGUGACUCAAAAAAAGUAAGUGUCGAAAUGACUGCAGAGGGUCUACAGACAAACCAAAGACAAAGGAGGUAGAAGAAGCCACGGGAGCCUCCCUCUUCCCUUCCAACUGGGACUGCUCGGUGCCCUGGUGUCAGAUGACAGCCAACCUCCUGCACAGGCAGCAGCAGACUCUAUAGUGCUGGUUCACUUUCCCAGGUCAGCACAGCUCUAGGUACAUUCGGCUGGUUGUGUUGUAACAAUAAAGCCCUGUCGUCUGUC